CAUGUUAAAAAUAUACGGUGAAAUGUUGUGAUAGUUGCGGGUGGGGUUUGUGACAAGGCACUGAGUCAAGCCCAGCAAGAGGACAGUGUUCUGCAAACCGAUUGAAUGAGGCUUCAGUCACGGGGAGGAGCCAGAAACUAAAGAGAUGCAGAGAACAGCUCAGGACAGAGGACAUGUGCGCAUAGCAGAGACUCAGAGACACAGGAAAAUACUUGCCAACUGAUAAGAAAGCUGGGAAAUGACUUGGAUUUUAUGAAACUGGUAUGUACUGAUAGGAGAAAUGAAUAUUGCUGAUGGGAAGACACGUUAUGUGUCCACUUUCAGGAUACAGCUGUCAAGCUCCCAGUCAAAGGGGGCCAACGGACAAGUGUCCCAACCCACACACAUCCCCACAAUCACCACAACCGUGAAGAAGCCUGGAGAGACAUCCAAUGCAGUGAGUAGUAAACACAGCCAUACUAGUGGUCUGGAUCCACCCCUUUUCACUGAGCCCCUUGAGGACUGUAUAGUGGAUGAAGGAAAUGACAUCACACUGAAAGGGACUAUCACAGGGAGCCAGCCAAUAAGUGUCUCCUGGCUUCAUAAUGGUGAGCCUGUGCUGUUUGGAAAAUCCUCAUUAGUGGGAGGAUUGGUGACUUUGGUAGUUAGGGAAUGUCUCCCAGAGGAUGCUGGGGCUUAUACAUGUGUGGCCGAAAACACAGCAGGAAAAACAUCCAGCAGUGCAGCAGUGUGUGUGAGAGACUAUGAAACAAUCAUUGGGAUCCGUAACAAUAUUGCAAACACAUCUAACUCUCAUCCUAAUUCCUCUCAUCCUCACACUAUGCUAAGCGGUGUCUUAAACUCCUCUCAGAGCGUCCCAGAUAACAUCAGUGUUUUAAAAGGCCCACAGUCACCACAGACACCUCAGACAGGAAGUCCUAGAACAAGCUCUCCAGCACUCAAGAGAGAAGUUCUUGUCAAAAGAAGGAGCAGCUCAGGUACAGCUCCUCUGCAGUUUGUAGAUCCAUUAGAUCGUCUGGAGGUGCACAUUGGAGAGACGGCCCGUUUGAAGUGUGUGUUCAAAGGCAGCUCUCCUGUAGUUUCUUGCUGGAUCUAUAACAAAAAAGAGGUGGUGGAAAGCUCCAGAUUUAAUAUUGUGUCCUGCAAUGAAAGCAGUUCUCUAGUGAUUUCCGAAGCCCUUCCUGAGGACUCUGGACGUUACACAAUAUUUGUACGAGAUCGCAAAAGUUCAGCCCAACACACAGUGACCCUGAAUGUCAUUGACCUGCCUCAGCCUCCGGCCUCCUGUCCCGUGGCGUACGUCCUCUCCCCUCACUCUCUGGUUUUGUCCUGGUCUGGGCCGUCUUACGAUGGCGGCAGUGCUGUGACGGGAUACGUGGUGGAAGUUUGUGAAAGCCCAUGUGUGACUGACCAGUGGAGAGAGCUCACAGCCCAGUGCAAGAGCACCUCACUCAGGGUGACCUCAGGACUCCAGCCUCAAGGAGAAUACUGCUUCCGGGUCAGGGCCUAUAACGCUGUGGGGGUCAGCGAACCCAGCCAAGAGUCCCAGCCAAUCAGGAUGGACAACACAGGAGAGCCCUGUGACGAGAAACCAGUGGAGUAUGUGACUGUGACCAUCAACACGGAGGAUAAACUUACUGACCACUAUACUAUCCAAGAAAAACUCGGAGUAGGGAAAUUUGGCCAGGUGUUUCGGAUGACCCAUAAGGAGACGGGCCGUGUUUGUGCUGGAAAGUUCUACAAAGGUCGUCGGACAAAGGAGAGAGAGGCUGCGAGGAAAGAAAUAGAGCUAAUGAAUUUCCUACACCAUCCAAAGCUUGUGCAGUGUCUUGCCGCAUAUGAUAACAAGGCUGAGAUGGUCAUGGUGAUGGAAUAUGUUGCUGGUGGGGAGCUGUUUGAGCGCAUUGUAGAUGAUAGUUUUGAGCACACCGAAGUGUCCAGUGUGGGCUACAUGCAUCAGAUUCUGGAGGGGAUUCAGUACAUGCACCAGCAAAACAUUGUCCACCUGGACCUCAAACCUGAGAACAUCGUCUGUGUGGACAGAACCGGGAUUCAGAUCAAAAUCAUUGACUUUGGACUCGCUAGCAAGCUGGAUCCCAACACACCUGUGAAGGUGAUGCACGGCACUCCAGAAUUUGUUGCUCCGGAGGUCAUCAACUAUGAGCCCAUCUGUCUGGCCACUGACAUGUGGAGCAUCGGGGUCAUCUGCUACAUCCUGUUGAGCGGUGAGUCUCCGUUCCAGGGUGAAAGUGACUCAGAGACUCUGGCUCUUGUGACAGCAGCGCAGUGGGAGUUUGAUGAGGAGAGCUUUGAAGAUAUCACCGACCUGGCAAAGGAUUUCAUUAGCUCUCUGCUCAGCAAAGAUGUCAGGCGCAGGAUGUCGUGUGAAGAAGCCUUGGCUCAUUCCUGGUUGGUAUAUACUUGUGUAGACAGCAGCAGCAGCAGCAUCAAAAACCUUUCCAAAGACAAGAUGAAGAAAUUCCUGACUAGGCAGAAGUGGAAGAAAACGGGCAAAGCUUUGCUGGCUCUGAAGAGGAUGGCUAUAUUGUCUAAACCAGAGGCUUCUGCAAUCUUAAGCCCCGUGGAUGAGACAGAGAAGGCACUGCAGUCUCUGGAGCUGAAGCUUCAGAGGAAACCUGAGUUCAGUAAGACUCUAUCUGACCUGACUGUCCCGCAGGGCUCCAGCGCCCAGCUCUCCUGUCUCAUCACAGGUUACCCUGACCCUGAGGUGGUGUGGCUGAAGGCCGGUGAGCUGCUGGAGCUGCAGGAGGAGUGUGUGCAGGUGGACUAUGAGGAGGACGGCAGCUGUACUCUCACCCUACAGAAUGUCUCUCCGCACCACAGCGGCCUGUAUUCCUGCAAAGCCACUAAUGUACUCGGGGAGGCGCUGUGCUCUGCUACUCUUACUGUCCAGCAGAAAGACUAACACAUGAAUUCAUAAUGACAUAAAAAGUCACAUAAAUACACACAGCAGACAGAUUAAAAUGCACUGAUGCAAUCAAUGCCAAUAUAAUUGUGAAUUGAAUGUGAAAACUGUAAUAAAAGGCUAAUUGAUGCAA